AUGAAGUUGCCAAAGGACGAGGUGGAGGAGGCGGCGCGGCGGAGGGCGGAGUGUUUCUUCUCCGAGGAAAAGGGGCGCGACGACGACGAGGGGCUUGCGCGGCUGUGGUUGCGGCGCCGGCGAGAGAGGCACAUGAAGGCGCCGGGCGGCGAGGGCGCUGCGCACAAGCACGCCGCCGAGGACGUCAAGGAGGACCGCGGGGGGAUCGGCAUGGAGAGCGAGAAGAGGCGGCGGGCGCGCGAGGCGGAGGAGGCGGCAGCGGGGGAGGAGGCUGAGAGGAGGAAGAGGGUUAGGGUCGAGGAGCCGGGGGAGUAUCGUGAUCGCAUUGCGAGGGAGAGGGAGGCUGAGAGGGUUGAGAGGAUGGUGGCGAGCGCCCAGAGGAUCCUCGAGGGCAUGGCGGAGGAGGCGGAGGCUGAGGUGACGCAGGAGGAGGGCGGGCGCCGCAGGAUCAAGGCGAGGCCGUUGAAGGCUGUCAACGUCUUGUGGCGCGGGCUCGCGCGACAGCGGGAGGAGAGGGAGAGGGACCGCAGGAUGCGGCAUGAUCUGGAACAGAGCUUGUCACGACUGCCGACGUAUGAGGACGAGGACGAGGACGAGGAUGACAAGAGGGCGCUGGGUAAGGGCAAGACGACGGUCUACGAGGUGGCCGACGACCUCGACGAGGAGGACCCGGAGUUGGACGAGUUCAGGAUUCUCGAGCCCCCGGAAAGGCUGAAGCGGCUGGUGGCCUAUAUGAGGGACGAGUUCAACUACUGCUUCUGGUGCAAAUUCAAAUACCCCGACGAGACCAUGGACGGCUGUCCUGGGCUGACGGAAGAAGACCACGAUUAG